AAGAAACAAACGUUACCUUAAUUCCUAGUAACUGCAAAAUGUAUAGAAUCGUCGGCAUCGAUAGCAAUUAUGUUAGUUCGCAGAAGUAUGAGCGGUGCUCUUCAAAUUACAAGUUCUGGAGUAUUGUAUGAAUGGCAUGUGUGCUCGGUCAAACAAUUCCUUGGAAAGGCCUUUCAUGAAACAUUAUUCAAUAACCAACACAUACAUUUAUGAGUGUUUACGCGUGCAUCGAACCGGAACGCACUACACUCCAGAAGACGGUCGGCCCUGACACAUCCAGCUCCCGGCGCGACCUUCACCCACAUAGUGUGCAAGGACAGUAGUCCUGGUGCACCAGUGACCUUGAGACGCGGCCGACGCCUCAUAAUGAUGACGAAGUGUUAUUGCACUCGUUCAUUAUGACAAUAUAACUCACGCUGAAUUCCCUCACUAAUUGCUGAUGGUUAUAUGAGACAAGAAAGUCUAGCUUUACUACAUACUUACACCAUGUAAUUCGACAACCUAAUCAUUGAGGGAAGGAGACGCCAUCAUUCAGAGAGCUAGAGCCUGUACUAUGUCGGAGCCGUGUAGCAUGUACCUGUGAUAUCCAAGUCCAAUUCACUGAAACUAUUACAGUCUCAUAAAAUAGGACUGAAAUAUUCUUGAUGAGGCGGGCGUUUUACCCUCAUUAUGGAACAUUGUGGCUGAAGAAAAUAAAUUACUGUAUUGUUUUAACUUUUAAUUUUGCGCUUUUAUACGAAGUCGCGACAGCUAGUGGAACUCCACGCGGUUUCGACCCCGUCCCGAGGGAUUUACUUUAUGUAUUUUAUGUUGUCCUGGGGUAGCUUCUACCCGUAGUUACGAACAGGAAGAAAUAAUUAUUCAAAGGAGAUUGGGCAUUUCUGGGUUAUCGGCAGCCGGUCAUAAAUUUUUUAUCAAACGAUAGCUCUAUUAAUUAGGAAUAACUUUUACUAUGGGCGUUAUCCUAUGGAACUUUUAGGGAAAGAGAUAUUCACAUAUUUGUGCAUCAGAAAAUAUGAGCGAAGACAUUCAUCAUUCGCAGUUUUUGAUGUUUUCUUAAUCCUGAAUUUAAAAUGCUUUUAAUCCCCUGUUCAGAUAUGGAAUUGUUAGUUCAUUAAAUUCGGAGCGUAUUGCAGGCAAACAAAUAGACAAUCAAAUCUUUUCUCUAUAUAUAUUAGUACAGGCAAUUCAUUUAUGCCAAAUAAUUCCUAGCGUCCAGAAAGAGACUGGCGCCGCCAGUGGUUUGAACGUCCACUGAUUCAUCUAUCAGUCAUCCGCGUGUCGAAGCGUCCAGUGGUCAACAGACGGACCGGGGACAGAGUGCUCAGCUUAAAGGAUGCUAUUAUUCAAAGCUUUGUUAGAUCUUGCCUUGGCCCACUUUAUCGUCUAAAACGUCGGUCUACAUUCAACGUCUUCGCAGUAAUUGCAGAUAUUACCGAAGUCGUGAAAUGUGGACACACGCGGACAUCCUGUUUAUUGAGUCCGACAAACGUCAUACACGGAUGUUGUUAUAUUUAUUUUACUUUAAAGAAACUUGCAGAGACAGGAAAAAACAGCAAAGUGGAAUCCUAACUUAAGCGAAACUGGCAGAUAAUACCUAGUCUGAUGAAACCGAUCACCUACUUCAAAAUGAUGACGCAGCUUUGAAUGUGAUUUGUAUAUUUGCUUCUAAUAGUUGUAGUAAUCAAAACUAUGAAAUAAAGGUGUUUUUAAAUAAAUAAAAUGAAAUGAACGUGUUUUAAAUCAUAGGCCUUCGUGAGUUUGUGAGUAAACAAAGUGUUGGGGAAUCCUACCGAUAUUCACGAUAGCACCUCGCCUUGGUUAUCAGUGACUGAUAAGCCGGCUAAAAACUCCCACGGCUGAUCAGUCAUCUGUGUUAUCAGUAGUGAUUCAGGCUACACAGUUAACGUUGGUCGUAGAUAACUUGGCCGCGUGCUAUCUCCGCGCAACUCGACUACAAUAUGGAUGUUCCCUUGUGUGGAUCAUAAGAAUUAGACAAAGAAAGAGACUCAUUAUGAAUUCUAAAUAUCGACAGCCAAAAUAAAAAUGCAAUAAGGAAAAUCUUUACACCUGAGUCAUUGUCGAAUUAUUUGCAUUUCUUAUCGAUUACACAAUCAAGGAAUUGAUAGUGUUGACUUAAGUUAUCGGCAUGAAUAUAAAAUAAAUACCUACUUUUAGUAUUUUGUUUGCUGUAAAGCAAGUGAGUCACGUGAUAAGAUAAGCCAUAGUUACACAGAGCUCGUGCAGCUCAGCUGAGGUGUCCACCGCCAGUACUCAGCUGUUAUCAGGCACGCAACCACACCACUGACACACAUUACGUCAAGUUCCGAAUAACUUAUAAUCCAGUAGUUAUAGUGUCAAAAAAUAAAACUGUGCAUAGUAAAGUUUAGCUUGAUGACGUAGGGUCUGUGCCACAGCUGCUACUAUAAGACAUGAAGAGGUACACCCCCGCGGUAGUGUUGUGUGCGCUGGCGCAGCUGUGCGCAUGCGCGCGGGUGCUGGUGGUAUUCCCCGUGGCCAGUCGCAGCCACACGCUGCUCGGAGACCACCUCGUCAACACUCUGCUCAAUGGAGGACAUAAUGUGACGUACAUAACGACAUUUACUAGAGUGAAGGCUGCGGAGCGGCUCGCGGUGCUCGACAUUAGCUCUGUCACCGAACAUGAAACGGAACAGGACAGCGUCUCCUGGGUGUCCGAGCUGCCGUGGCUGCCGUCCGCGCGCGUGCUGCAGGCGGGCGCGCGCACGGCACAGCGCGCGCUGCGCCACCCGCGCGUGCAGGCGCUGUUGGCCGACCCCGCGCACCAGUACGACCUCGUGCUCGCCGAGUGGUACUACAGCGGACUGCUGGCGCCGCUAGCCGCUGUGUUCGAGUGUCCGCUGGUGUGGUACAGCGCGGUGGACGCGUGCUGGCUGAACGUGCAGCUGGUGCACGAGCCCACCAGCCCCACGUACUUCGUGGACCCCAUGGCCCGCUCCCUGCCCGCCAUGCCGCCCAGCGUGCCCGACCGCCUGUACAGGAUCGCGAGACAGGCGUAUCUCUCCGCCUGGGUAUACUACAUGACGCAGUAUGUGGAGGCCCCCGCGUACUACGAGGUGUACCAGCUGGGUAUGGAGCGGCGCGGGCGCUCGCCGCCGGCGUACGAGGAGGCGGUGCGCGGCGCCGCGCUGCUGCUGCUCAACUCGCAGCCGCUGCUGGGCCAGGCCGCGCCGCUGCCGCACAGCGCCAAGUACGUCGGCACUCAUCAUCUAGAAGGAGCCCAGGUCGCGCUGCCUAAGAAGUUACAAGCUAUAGUGGAGGAUGCUCAGCACGGCGUGAUCUACGUGAACCUGGGCGGGUCAGUGAGCGAGCAGCUGCCGCCGGAGACGACGCAGGAGCUGCUGCGCGUGUUCCGGCAGCUGGAGCAGACCGUGGUGUGGCGCCACCGCGGGCAGCUCCGCCACGUGCCCGGGAAUGUGCACCUGCUGGAGCGAGUGCCGCAUCUCGCUCUACUCAGUCACCCAAAGACCGUAAUGCUGAUCAGUCAUGGCGGCUUCCUGGCGUACAUGGAGGCGAUGUACCACGGCGUGCCACUCAUCGGGCUGCCUCUCAAGGAAGACCAGUUCCUCACCAUGGACCUGGUGGUAUCCAGGGGGCGAGGACUCCGGGUGCCGCUGUCCGACAUGAUCGGGUACCGGCUCAAGGAGGCGGUCAAUGAAAUACUCAGUAAUUACAGCUACCGGGGCAACGUGAAGGCGGUGUCACAAAUACUGCAGAGGCCGCUGGUGCCCGCGAGCCAGGAGCUGCUGUACUGGGUGGAGCUGGUAGUGCGUAGCGAGGGCGCGCCGCACCUGCGCUCGCCCGCGCUGCGCCUCACGCUGGCCGAGCGCUGCCACCUCGACGUGGCCGCUGUGCUCGCCAUGCUGGUCUGGUUCCUCACCAAGGUGGUCAAACUCCUGAAGGUGUACUGGGAUGAUUACGGCACGGAUUGUGACGCUCUCACCGACAAGAAGAUUGAAUAACUAGUGUUUCUUAGAAAUGUGUGCGUGAAGUGUCGAGAGGGGGUUACUUGCGGUGCUUUAAGAUGACACUAAAGAUAACCACGCAAUAUUGAGCGACAGAUUUCGACGUAAUGUUGCAACUCAUCAUAUGUAGACUUAAUAAAUUAUUGAUUUGAA